CCGAGCAACACUUUCCACCCUAUCCGUUCAUCUCUGUCUUGUUAGUCACGACCAUGUCCGGGACCAAAGACGUCACUCGCGAUGGCUUCACCUCUGCCUACGGUCGGCUCUACACUACGCAGGGCCGCAUCGAGCGCGUGGACGGCGCGACACUCCGGUCGAUGUUCCUACCCAAGCUCAGCCGCAGCGGCCAGCAGGCGAUGUGCGGCCGCCCGGACUUUGUGCGCGGACAGCUCCAUCACUACGAUGUGGCCUUCGACCAAUCCAAGUUCACCGGCAACGGCACCCUUUUGCUUAAACAGGCCCUGCAGGCGGGGCAGUGUGACACCGUGCCGCCGCAUCGGCUCGCGUUGGAGGCGCAGCUGCACCGCGAAUGGCUGGCGACCUGCACGCCGGAGCAGCUGUCCGGGCAGCCGGACUGGGUCAUCCAGAAGUACUUUGGGAAUGAUCCUCAGCGCCCGGAUCGCAGCAUCACAAAGACGGUCGUGGGGAUCCCAUUCGAGCCUACCAGCGAGUAUCGCGUGAGUCAAAUGCGAGAGGCGGCUGAGAAGGUGGUCGGUCUGCACCACGAGACGGCCCGCGGCCCGCAGACCAAGGUGAUCUUCAUGGGGUGGAACAAGGCUGCGGUGGGGAAGGCGGCCAAGGGCCAUGCGGCGAAGGAGAAGAAGGAGAUCGAGGCUGCGGAGCGGAAGCGCGAGACGGAGCGUGCAAAGCUACACGCGGGCUAUCGGUGCCAAACUCGGAAGGCCCCAUCUCCGGUUGGGAGCUACAUUAUCGACUGUGAGGAGAUCAAAGACCAGUGGCCUAAGGAUGCGGAUGGUUUGACGCUCGACAUCCACGAAACUGACACCCCUGGCGUCUUUGAGGCCGGAUUCUAUUUUGGGGUUCUGGAGGGUGCCAUGAUCAUCUGUGCGAAUGAGGAGGUCUUGAAGCGGUACCGCUCUGAGCUUGAGCGAGAGGAAGAGGGUGAUUCUGAGGAGAAGGGCUUGACUGAUAACAACUGGGAUGAGAGUGGAGUCGAGGGAGAUGGAAGCCCUGAUCUGGGGGUGAAAAGAAAGAUGCCAGUUUCUCGGGGUGGCCGCUCAUCAAAGAAAUCCAAACAGAGCCCUAGCCGCAUAUAUCACCUGAAGUUGAGGGGCCGUGAGACGGGUGAGGGCGAGAGCUUUUGUGAACCAGAUGAUGGCAGGAUCAAGUUCAAAGACGACAAGUUCGACAUGUUCAAGGGGGAAGCCAACAUGACGUUUAUCGGUGAUGGCAUAGCCUUUACUGGACGCAAGGUCUCUGAUACCCCUGGCUCUGGUGGAGGAGUCUGGGACGAGUACUCGUGGAGGCACCAUGAGAAUGCAAGAGUCGGCCGGUGGCACUAAGUCCCUUGAUGAGGGUGCAGCUAUCCAGAAUCCGAUGCUUUCUCAUGUCAGAUGGCUGUUGUUAAUUGAAGAGUUAUGUACAUUGUCCACAAACGCAUAUAGUUGCGCAGACACAGACAACCUGCCAUCGCCCGU